CGGAGGUCCAGGCGAAGCCCCUUUUUGUCCCCUUCCGUGAGCCCCUGGAAGAGCAAAGCCCGGCAGAGACCGCCCGCAUGCAGCGCGGUGCCAGCCCUGGCGCGGGCUGCCGGCGGGGCCGGGACUCGAACCCGCGGACCGGAGCCAGUCCCCGCGCCCCGGGGCCCGCCGGGCGGCCGCGCUCCGGAAGCGGAAGUGCGAGCGCGGGUGCUGGCGCCGUUGCCGAGGGGAGGCGCGGGCCCGCGGUGGCGGCUCCGUCCCGUCGCUAUGAGCGCGGCCGGGCUGGUGUCUGCCACGCCGCCGGCCCCCGCCCCGCCCGGGGCGCCCGCCGCCGCCAUGCCCCCCGGCCCCGAGUACUACGAGGAGGAGGAGCUGGAGAGCGCCGAGGAGGAGGACGGCGAGCGGAGCGCUCGGGCCCGCGACUCCGAUGAGGACACUGAGGAUGCCAGUGAAACUGACCUGGCAAAGCAUGAGGAAGAGGACUUUGUAGAAAUGAAAGAACAGAUGUAUCAGGACAAACUGGCAUCUCUUAAGAGGCAAUUACAACAAUUGCAGGAAGGUACCCUUCAGGAAUAUCAGAAAAGAAUGAAGAAGUUGGACCAGCAGUACAAAGAAAGGAUACGAAAUGCAGAACUCUUCCUCCAGCUGGAAACAGAUCAGGUGGAAAAAAAUUACGUCAAGGAAAAGAAGGCAGCAGCAAAGGAGUUUGAAGAUAAGAAAAUUGAGCUUAAAGAAAAUUUGAUUGCGGAGUUGGAAGAGAAAAAGAAGAUGAUUGAGAAUGAAAAACUAACCAUGGAAUUAACAGGAGAUUCAAUGGAAGUGAAGCCUAUUAUGACAAGGAAACUGAGGCGACGACCAAAUGAUCCAGUACCUAUCCCAGACAAGAGGAGGAAGCCUGCCCCUGCUCAGCUAAAUUAUUUGUUGACUGAUGAGCAGAUAAUGGAGGACCUGAGAACGCUGAAUAAGCUUAAAUCACCCAAGAGACCAGCCUCUCCCUCCUCUCCCGAACACCUCCCAGCUACACCAGCAGAGUCUCCAGCACAGCGGUUUGAAGCCCGGAUAGAAGAUGGAAAACUCUACUAUGAUAAGAGAUGGUACCACAAGAGCCAAGCUAUUUACCUGGAGUCUAAAGAGAACACUAAGAUCAGCUGCGUGAUCAGUUCUGUGGGCGCCAAUGAGAUCUGGGUGAGGAAAACCAGUGACAGCACAAAGAUGAGAAUCUAUCUGGGACAGCUGCAGCGAGGUGUUUUUGUGAUUCGUCGACGAUCAGCUGCAUGACUGUAUGCUCUUCCUUGGUUGUGUGGUGGUUUUUUUUUUUUUUACACUGAUAGACAAACCUCUGAUGGGGGAUGGCAGUCUGUUCACUCAACUUAGCAGCAGAGAAUGCUGUCAUGACCUCUUAUAAGACAGUUUGUGGCUGGCCACAUAAUCCCCAGUAGUCCUUAAAUCUUUAGUGAUACCCCAGCACCGCCCUGGACUAUUUCUGGAUUUUGCAUCAAGCUUCUGUAUGCUUUCUUUAUAUUUUGGGUGACUAUUUAAGAAGACUUUGCAUCAUACUUUUUUCAUCGUUGUUUCAUGGUGCAUAGAUGGGACUUGUAUGUUGAAAACAACGCAACAUUUAUGUUUUGAGUCAGACCAAUGGAAGAAGCUUUGCUUGUCAAGACCUGAGGUUAUUCAUUCUUUUUGGGCUUGUUUUCCUGAAAGGCUUGGGAUGUUGGGUAAAAGGAGAUUGCCAGCUUUCAGCUGCAGCUGAGAUGCAUCUGUAGCACCUGGUAUUUGACACCAGCUUUAUUGGAUGAACUGUUUAAAGACUUAAGCACUGAGGUUUUUUUUUAGGAAAGUGUGAACAGCUUAGAAACUGCUGAAAAUCCAGUUGAUUUUAAUGUAGUAAAGCAGUUACAUGUGGUUAAUCAGAAGCUUCCGUUUCUCUUCACAUUAAAAAACCCUUCAGUGAACAAGCAGAGAGUUUAUCUAAUUGCUGAAGUUGUUUCCUGAAAUAGGUGAAUGAAUAUAAACCAAAAGAUGAAUUAACAGGACUUUUCAGAUAGUGCAACUAUAUGCAUGAGUAUGACCACUCAUACGUGUAGAGAGACAAAAGGUAAAGUUCACUUUCUUUACUGAUGUUUAGAGUAAUGGGUCAUGCUGGAAUCCUGUUGACAGAAGAUACUGGACCUGUUGUAUCUUCCAAAGAAGCUUGCUACAGAGUAGAAAGCAGCAUUGACAUGCUUGUGGUGUGUAGCUGAAACCUUCAUUUCCUAAAAUGUCAUGCAAAGGUUUCCCUUUGAUGGGUAUUUCAAUUACUGCAGAUAACACUGGGUUUCUGCACUUGCCCUCCAAUAGCACAAGUGUUGUGGUUUAAACCCAGCCAGCAGCCAAAUGCCACGCAGCUGACUGCUCACCCUCUCCCUCCCCUGGGGAUGGGGGGAAUGAAUUAGAGGGGUAAAGGUAAGGAGACUCAUAGGUUGAGAUAAAAGCAGUUUAAUAAUUGAAAUAAAAUAAAAAUAAAUUAAUAAGUAUGGUGGUAAUAAUAGAAAAUACAAAUGAGUUAUGCACAAUACUGUUGUUCACCACCUGCUAAUUGAUGCCCAGCCUGUUCCCACAUAGUGAUCCCAGAGAAGAGAAAAUUCUGAAACCACAAUCCUGGAAAGAGAGAACAAGCUUCCCAGCCAACCCUCAUCUAUUCACUGAGCAUGAUAUUGUAUGAUAUGGAGUAUUCCGUUGACCAAUUUGGGAUUGUUGCUCUGGCCGUGCUCCCUCCCGGAUAUUGUGCACCUGCACCUCAGCAGGACGUGGGGAGUAGAAAAAUCCUUGAUUUCUUAGCAACAACUAAAAACAACGGUAUAUUAUCAACAUUCUUCUCAUACCAAAUCCCAUACUGAGUCCAAAACACAGCACUAUUCUAGCUACUGAGAAGAAAAAUUUAUUCUAUCCCAGCCAAAACCAGGACACACAAGUGAAAAAGCUCAUGUGAUGAUAUUAAUAUACUUCCUUCCAAGAUGUUUAAAGAUCUGACUCUGGCAUUCCUUUAUUAUUCCCAGUCUUUUGCUGAUGUCCGAAACCACCGAUACCAUGUGUGACUGCACAGUGCACUGGCACUGCUGUCGGGUCUUUGCCUUCUGUACAAAAAAAACCUUUGUGCUGCUUUUGAUUACUGGACAAAAAGUUGUAAUUUCUGUCUUUAUCAGCAUCUGUCACUUUGCGGCAUCUUUUGUUUUUGCUUUUGAAUUGCCUUCUUGUUCAGCACCAGUCUAGCCCUUCAUAUCUGGAUAAAUGGAGUAUUUUAAAUAGCUGUUUCCAUUUCUUUUACUUACUGCAGUUGGGUGGCAGUCACAUCCCAAUAACUGAUGUAUAUACGUGGAUCCGGAGUGGAGUGUUAUGGCUGAGUUUCUGAUGUGUUGCCUUUGUGGCUGAGACACUUCACCUGUUUGUGCUGUGUUUAGAGUUUCAACUGGAUCUGGAGCUUUGGUGAGGAAAGGAGAGGGUGUCUCUCUCCCACCCCUUGAAAACGUGCCAUCUUUGCUGCAGCAUUAGCUAGGUGGAAAGCAGCAGGCUGUUUUUGUCAAGUUAAUUGCAUACUUAAUAUAACUUAGCAUUCUCUGUACAUGUGACAGGUUUUUAAUAAGGUAAUGAUGUACCAAACAGGAUUUGUCACUGAGCCUUAAAAUGAACAUCGUAGUUCUUAUAAUAAAAAGUGCUAAGUAAA